AUGGCGGAACCCAACCCCCUUUUCGUGCACGCCACUGAAAGCCCCUAUGGAAGCACCAUUGGCAGCUCUCCAGAGCCCGACAGGAGCAUCUACAAGGCCAAGCAGAUUGCCGAUUUUAUCCUGUGCGGCGUCAAGAAUGGAAGGGACCUCAGGGUCCUUGACUCGAUUGUUCGAAAUCAUGGCCUGUUUGAAAACUACCCCGUUCCAUCCAACGUUCACAAUCUCGACGAGAUCUAUUCGUUCAACUGCGUCCUUGCAGUUGCGGACCUGUAUUAUCAGUUUUGUUUCGAAAAUCUCGCUACCGAGGCGAUGCUGCCGGCCUACUAUAGAUGCGUCCACGCAGUCAACGCCCUGACCUAUUACCUCCAGGUCCCGCACGGCGGGCAAAACCGGCUGCCGGCACCCGUGGCGCUGGACAAAGGGGAGCGCUGGAAGCUGGACCGCACGUGGGAUAUCUGCGUAUGCCUGCUGGGCGCGAUCAAGGUCUGGUGCGGGUUUGAUCGGAAGUUGCUCAUCGACGACCAGGCGAUUGUGCAUGACGUCCACUACCGGCGCGCAGCCACGAAGGCCGUGGAUUUGAUCCGCGCCCAAGGCAAAGGGCGCGUUUGCCCCCGGACCCUGGGCCUGCUGGUGCGCGAGGAGGUCCCGCCGUUUGUCCAGCCCAUGCACCUGAUCCGGAAGCUGCAAUAUGACCAACCGAUCGAAGCGGGACGGUUCAACCACUGGGAUUGCUCUGCGGAUAUAUGCCGCUUUGAUAAUAUGGAUGGGCCUUCGCCCCUUCAUGUUCCUGGGUGUGUGCGAGACACUUGCAACAUCCUGAAACCCCUGGCCGCGAACGAGGCACAGUUUGACCAGGUUCUCCGCGGCCACAUGCCGGCGGUGAAUGUUGCCCCCUGGCCGGUGCAGCGCCAGGCUGGCUUUCGGGGGUGGGUGGGGGCCAGUCACCGGACGCUGGCGGUGUCCCAUGUCUGGGGGGACGGCGUCUUUGGGACCAGGGACGAAGGGCUGAACCAGUGUGUCCACAAGAAGCUGGCCGACAUCGCCAACUACCAAGGCUGCGACAGCUACUGGAUAGACUGUGCGACAAUCCCACAGGAGCCCCAGGCGACGCGCAACGCCAUGAUCCAAAAGAUCAAUUUGACGUUUCGAGAGGCGGGGACCGUGCUGUGCUGGGAUGAGGGAUUCGCCAACCUGGUCUCUAACGACCCCGACGUCCAACUGCUGUCGCUGAUUAUCUCUCACUGGCAUCGCCGGGCGUGGACCCUCCUCGAGGGGAACAGAGCCAAACUGGACAACACGAAGUUCCUCCAGUGGAAUAAAAGGACCCAGCCUCCAUCACACAGGCUGUUUUCUCUAAAAGACACAGUCAUAUCUGCCUUUCAAGAAAACCGUGUCCCGCUAUGGAUUCAAUCGGCACUGGUCGAGCUCCUGCCUUAUAGCGAUGCCACGAUGUCGAUGGGCGAUCCGCCCAACGGCGGGGCCAGGAUGUCGAUGGACGCCGCCGGUCUCCUGCUCUCGGGCCGCCAUGCGACCCGGUUAAACGACGCGGAAACCAUCUGGGGCUUGUUUCGCCCCGCCGAGGGGCUGAACGGGGCGGGAGACAUCAGUUUCGACGAUCCGUACCUCUACGCCGGCGACCAAGUGGACGUCGCCUUCAUUAGCUCGAACGCGGCUCGCCACGACGCCCUGGGGACCUGGAAGCCCGGGAGAACCAACGCCAGCGUCUGGGUCCGGACCGCGUACGGCGGCGUCAAGGCCACCAUUCGACGUGAUCGCAACAGGCAGGUGCUGGUGGGCGACUGGUGGUUCAAAGAAGGGCUCGCGGUGAAAGGAAUGGUCGACUGGGGGGUUUGUGUGAAAGGCGUGGAUGCCCGCCUCCAGGAGAGGCUGAGGUCUACGGAGGACCGUUACAAGUGUGCGCUUAUCUGCCCCAUUCUGCGCGCGGACCCGAGAAAAUGUCCGCAGGAGGUCGUGCGCCGCCAUUCCAUCGACCCCAUCCAGGGCUUUUUCACCACGAACGUCGCCAUGCAAUGCGCACGGGCCAUCUUCAUCACACAGCGCACCGACCAGGAGCCCUGGCAGUGGGGGGCGAUUGUCAACCUGAAAGCUCCUGUGAGUUUUACUACGUCGGAGAUGGGGCGGUUCGAAAUUGGAACCUUUGCUUAG